AUGGUUUGGACUAGAUUCAUCUACAUUCUCUCUUUUACCUUGUUUUUUACACACAUAGCUGCUGUAUCGAUUAAGCUUAUUUCUAAAGAAAAUGUACAUGAAGCAGAUUUUGGUGAACAGAAGGAUAUUCCAGAAAUCAAUUUAGCUGCAGGCUUGGACCUCUUUCAAGGAGACAUCUUCCUGGGGAACUCCAGAAAUGCCCUGCGAGACCCCUACUACAGGUGGAAGUUCCCCAUUCCUUACAUUCUGGCCGACGAUCUGGAUCUGAAUGCCAAAGCAACCAUUCUCUAUGCCCUUGAAAUGUUCCGCCUCAAGUCCUGUGUGGAUUUCAAGCCCUAUGAAGGAGAGAGCUCAUAUAUCAUAUUUCAGCAGCUUGAUGGGUGCUGGUCUUACGUUGGUGACCAUCACGAAGGACAGACCAUUUCCAUCGGGGAGGGGUGUGCCUAUAAGGCCAUCAUCGAACAUGAGAUCCUGCAUGCUUUGGGAUUUUACCAUGAGCAGUCGAGGACUGACCGGGAUGAUUAUGUGACCAUCUGGUGGGAUGAAAUUAUUUCAGGUUAUGAGAACAACUUUGACAUCUAUGAUGACAGCCUCAUCACAGACCUCAACACACCCUAUGAUUAUGAGUCUGUGAUGCACUACGCACCUUACUCAUUUAACAAAAAUGAAGGUGUCCCUACCAUCACGACCAAGAUCCCUGCGUUUAACUCCAUCAUUGGGCAGCGCCUGGAUUUCAGUGCCAUCGAUUUAGAGAGACUGAAUCGAAUGUACAAUUGCACCACAACUCACACUCUUUUGGACCACUGUGCUUUUGAGGAGGCAAACAUCUGUGGGAUGAUUCAGAGCACCAGAGAUGAUGCUGACUGGGCCCAUGAAGACAGUGCUCAGGCUGGACAAGAGGAUCACACCUUGCUGGGACAAUGCACAGGUGCCGGCUACUCCAUGCUCUUCGACACAAGCUCGGGGUCAGUGGAAGAGGCAGCCCUGCUGGAGUCUCGAAUUCUCUACCCAAAGAGGAAUCAGCAGUGCCUGCAGUUUUUCUAUAAAAUGACAGGAAGCCCUUCAGACAGACUCGUUGUCUGGGUCAGGAGGGACGACAGCACAGGCAACGUUCGCAAGCUGGUCAAGAUGGAGACCUUUCGAGGAGAUGCUGACCAUAAUUGGAAAAUUGCCCAUGUAACUCUUAACGAGGAAAAGAAGUUUCGUUACCUUUUCCAGGGCACCAGAGGUGACCCUGGGAACUCAAGUGGGGGAAUUUACCUGGAUGACAUCACUCUGACAGAAACCCCCUGCCCCACAGGGGUUUGGACAAUACACGAUUUCUCCCAGGUCCUUCAGAGCACAAGUCAAGGGGACAGUCUCCGGAGCCCUCGAUUUUAUAAUUCAGAGGGAUAUGGUUUUGGGUUGACCUUAUAUCCCCAUAGCGUAAACUCUGAAAGCUCUGGCUCCUUGAGACUUGGUUUGCACUUGUGCAGUGGGGAGAAUGACGCUAUCCUGGAAUGGCCAGUGGAAAACAGACAGGCUGUGAUUACAAUCCUUGACCAGGACUCUGAUGUCAGGAAUAGGAUGUCCCGAAGCAUGACGUUCACCACCUCCAAGCUGCACACAUCUUCAGAGAUAAAUGGCUUGGUCAUCUGGGACAGGCCAUCCUUGGUGGGAUCCUAUGAUACUGACUGUGAUUGUUUUAGAAGCAUCCCCUUGGGGUGGAAUAGUUUCAUCUCCCAUGAAAUGCUGAAAAAGAAGAGUUUCCUUAAAAACGAUGACCUCAUCAUUUUUGUGGACUUUGAAGAUAUCACCCACCUCAGCCAGACUGAAGUUCCCACUGCAAACAAAAGACUGAUCCCCGAAGGCCUCGUUCUCCAAGGCCAGGAGCAGGAGGCCUCAGGAGAAGGUUCAAAAAAAGCUGUGCUAGAGGAAGCCCUACCCGGUGGCCUGGAGCCAGGGCAGCUCAGCCGACAGAAGCGGUCAGUAGAGAACACGGGCCCCUUGGAGGACCACAACUGGCCACAGUACUUCAGAGACCCGUGUGACCCAAACCCUUGCCAAAAUGAAGGCGUCUGUGUGAAUGUGAAGGGGAUGGCGAGCUGCAGGUGCGUCUCUGGACAUGCCUUCUUCUACACAGGGGAGCGCUGUCAGGCCAUGCAGGUGCAUGGCAGCGUCCUGAGCCUGAUGAUUGGAGGCACGGCUGUCAUGAUCUUUUUCACCGUCACCAUUAUCUCCAUCCUUUCCCAAAGGUCAAGGCAGUGA